UUUUCUUUCGUCAUCAUUAUGCGUCGAUCUGUCCCGUCACUGUGACAUGUGAAGAAAACAUGGGGAGGCAGUUGGUUUAAUAUUUCACUACUUUGUAUUCAAAUUCAUGCAACAUUAAAUGUACCGAUUUUCCAGCUAAAGUGGAACUUUUACUCACGUUGCGAUUCUGCUAGUAGUUGAAAGCGCGGUAGCCUAAGGUUGGGCUAGCUAGCUUUACUCGCACGGUUUCUUUUCUGUUUAUUGGCUCGCUUUUAGCCUGCUAGCAGCAUGGAUAACACUGAGGAAAAUGCUAUUGAGCUCCACGGAGAUGAGGAAAUUAUUGAAGUCAUUGAUCUGAACGACACGGAGCCGGGUCCUGAUGAUUUGGCUGAUGACUUGGGGGAUGUUGACUUUGAAGAUCCCGGAAAUGCAGAUGAUGACAAUGAGGGCUGGGAGACUGAAGACGAGAUGGAAGCUGAGCCCGUGCAAGAUGACAGCGAUGUCACCUUUUCCAAACACAGUGGCUCUGUGUUUUGCGUGAGUUUGGAUCCUGUGACAAACAGCUUGGCUGUGACAGGAGGAGAGGAUGAUAAGGCCUAUGUCUGGAGGUUGAGCGACGGGGAAGUUCUGUUGGAGUGCACAGGUCACAAAGACUCUGUGACAUGUGCUGUGUUCAGCCAUGACUCCUCCCUGGUGGCUUCGGGUGACAUGAGCGGCAUGAUUAAAGUCUGGAAAAUAGAAACCAAAGAGGAGAUCUGGUGUUUUGAAGUCGGAGACCUGGAGUGGCUGGAGUGGCAUCCCUGCGCUCCGGUGCUGCUGGCAGGAACAGACGAUGGCAACGUGUGGAUGUGGAAGAUCCCUGCAGGAGACUGUAAAACAUUCCAGAGUCCUGCAUGCCAGGCCACCAGUGGCAAAGUGCUGCCUGAUGGUAAGCGGGCUGUGGUGGGUUAUGAGGACGGGACAGUGCGUGUGUGGGACUUAAAGCAGGGCAACGCUAUCCAUGUCAUUAAAGGUCAAGACGGACACCAGGGGUCGCUGACCUGCCUGGCAUGUAACAAGGACGGCUCUCUGGUCUUGACUGGGUCAGUGGACGGCUGCGCCAAGCUUUUCAAUACCACCACAGGCAAGGUGGUUGGAACAUUCUCUGUGGAGGGAGGCAAAGCAAAAGGAUUAAAAGAAGAGGAAGAAUCCAACUCGGUUGAAUCUGUGGGAUUCUGUAACGUCCUACCUCUCAUAGCCGUGGCGUACCUGGAUGGGACUCUGGCAAUAUAUGACCUCUCUACACAAGGCCUGAGGCACAAGUGCCAACAUGAGGCCGGCAUCGUUCACCUGCGGUGGGAAGAGUCUUCUUCUGUGGUGUCCACCUGCAGUUUAGAUGGAGCGCUGCGUUUGUGGGAUGCUCGCUCUGGAAACAUGGUGUCAGAAUACUGCGGCCACACAGCAGAGAUCCUCGACUUCGCCAUCAACAGGGAGGCAUCUCUUGCAGUAACCGCCUCAGGAGACAACCAGGCCAAAGUCUUCUGCCUUCAAAGACCCGAUCGGUAAAGAGACAGGAGAUAUUUCAGGAGAAAUAGCAGAGACUUUGCAUUGCUGAGGCAUUACGCUCUCAUGCACUGGAGAUUCCUUUCUCCUCAGGAUUUUAAAAUAUUCUCAUGUGGUCUUACCAUCUUAUCUGACCUGCUUUACUGUAGCAUCCAAGAGAAUUUUUUUCUGUUUUAGGACUUAAGUUGUGCUUAGUUGCCAGAUGUUAAGCACAUUUAAACGCAACUAAGUGAGAGGAAAAGUGAGUUUGGGUCUGGUUUGAAUGACAGCAGAUCUUCUCGUCUAUGCAGAACUUUAAAUUGUGAUUCUUUUACUUUAGGUUCACUGUUUCUGUUAGAAACACAGCAAAGCACCUCUGACAGCUAAUGCCCAGUCCUCAAAAAUGUGUGAUAGAGGAUUUUUUCCUUUUGUGUUUGUGUGGUCUUCCGGCUCUCAGAUUAUCUUACCAAACUUUCAAAGUAAUUCAACUGUAAAUACAAAAUAAUUAAACGUUUUUCAGAGUAACCAUUAAAACUCAU